GCAAAGUCAGUUACCCAGGCAACCCUCGCUAAACAAAUAAUUUUUCUGAACGAAGAAACGUAAAAUAACAUUUUUAAUAGAGGAAAAGAUCAUGGAGGAUUGGAAGAUAACGUCGGAGGAGCUCAUCCGUCUGCGGGAAAGCUGCCUGCAGUGCAUCCGGGAUGGAGAACUCUACGAGCUGCGCAAUGAUGCGAAACUACGGGCUGUUUAUAGCACCCAGACCUACGAGGAGUUCAAGGACAUAGUGGACGCAGCUCAACUCCGUCCAGUGUCCAGGAGCGAUAAGGUCAAUGCGCAGACGAAGAACCGCCUUUGGAACUCGGCCGCCCGUGAUUGAUUGACUGAUUGACUGAUUGACCAAUAAAGAUGAAAGCACAGAGCUAUAA